GCAGGGCGGUGCGGGGUACUCGCAGGACAACAGCCGGCAGCUGAAGUUUGCUACGGAUGUGAAGCACCAUGACGGAACCUUCAACGGUGCCGCCAACGCCGCCGAGUUCGCUGACUGGACCCGCUACACGCGCCUCAACGUGCUGUACCGGGGGUUGAGAGUGCGCAUGGGAGUCGCCACCGGUGUCACCGACGCCAUCACCUCCCACGCUAUCACCCAGCGCAUGGAGUACAGCGGGGAGGUGUACCGUCGCGUGCAGGCAGUGGCCGACCUGCCCAACGGAGGCCAGAUCCUGCUGGACGCAAACACCUUCAACGCAAUCCACAACAACCUCAACGACCUGGGCAUCCGUACCGUACAAGCGCUAACCCGUGACAAGCGCCGUACAAGCAGCCCCGGUCACGUGCCACGCAUGCGGGGCUCCCUGGACCUGCGUAUGCGCGGGUCGUUGGACCUGCGACGGAACAACGCCCGGGCGCGACAGUCCGUGGACCUGGCUUCGGCGCCUGAGAUACUAGAGGCCUCGGAGCAUGGGGCGUCUGGGGGAGGAGCAGGAG